AUCAUCUGAAAACGAGUUAAUUUCAUAUAUUAAAUUAACGUUUAUUAACGGAACGUUGGGACGCAACCACAAAAAACUGAUAACAUAUUUCUCUUCAUUGAUUGAUGUUGAUUCAUUGAGUUUCACUAUUUUAAUUAGAUUUAUUUACAUCGUGCGCGACUUUCAUUUGCAUAGAAUUCAUUUGCAUAGAAUUCAUUUGCAUAGAGAUCCAGUGAGAUGGCGAUAUUUCCCAGCUCACUAACAGAAGAGGAAGAAGCAAUGCAGAAGAAAAAUGCCAAGUUAAAGAAAAAGGUGAAAUCUAGUUGUGCCCUAUUGGCUCUAAAGAAACAAAUCUCCAGUCAGACUGGACUGAAGCGCACCUUGUCAGAUCGGCCGGUGGUGGACACGGCGACAUUGACAGAACAGGCGAAAAUGCUGAUCAAGUCUGGAGCGAUAAGUGCAAUCAAAACAGAGAUCAAGAACUCUGGCUUCAAGCGCUCUAGAACUCUUGAGGGGAAACUAAAGGAUCCAGUGAAAGGUCCUGCCCCAGCGUUCCUGCCAUUUCUGGGAAGUGUCUCCACAGAUGAGAAACCUCCCGAUUCUGGUAAACGAGUCCACAGGAAAUCCCUGCAUGAGAGUUUUGUUCCUGGCGAUUGUUCUCAUGAUGAUGAAGGAGCUUUGUCAUCAAGUCGAGAUGUUGAGCGUGAGCGGGAACGAGAGAUGGACUGGGAGAGGGAUCGCGACAGAGACCGGGACAGAGAGAGAGAACGUGAUCGGGACAGGAGCCACGAUGGAAACAGAGUUCAAGAUAGAGAGCAAGACAGAGAGAGGGACGGACGGGCCAUACAGACGCAAGUGAAUCUGUGCAGCAAUACACUGUUUAAUAAGUCAGACUUGUAUUCAGAGCGCAGGGGCCUGCGGAAGGGAAACACAGUGUACGUGUAUGGCACAGGUUUAGUGGAAGAAAGCUUGCGCUCUGUAUUUGCUCAGCACGGCAACAUCAUUGACCUUUCAAUUGACUCUCCACUCAAUUGCGCCUUUGUUACCUUUGAAAAAAUGGAGUCAGCAGACCAGGUAGUGGCAGAGCUGAAUGGCACUACAGUGGGUGAUGUCAACAUCAAAGUCAGCAUUGCCAGGAAGCAGCCCAUGCUUGAUGCUGCCACAGGGAAAUCUGUCUGGGCUUCUCUGGCUGUGCAGAACAGUGCCAAGGGCUCAUACAGAGACAAACGGAGCCAAGUCGUUUACAGCGAAGUUUUUAUUUGAUAGAACAGCCAUCCGCAUUUCUUAACUAGCUAAGCUGGUUGAAAACUAGCAUUAGCGAUUUGUCUAUCUACAGCUGGCAUUUUAUUUUUCAUGGUAGUUAUACAUUAAAAACAUCUGUUACUUUUCAACCUUUUCAAAAGCAUCCAGGAGUUGGGAAGUAAUUUAUGAGGUGUUGAGCGUACUUGACAAACUGUUUGUAGGUACACGUUUAACUAAG